CGUGGAAACUACAUACACGUGAUUUAUACGCGGAUAUGUUUUUCUUGUGUAUUUUUUGUUGUUCACCGACUAAUCGAGCUACUUUUCAUUUAUUGACAAUUCAUGUGAAAUUAUAGUGUUAACGACAAUGAAUAAAAAUAAAUAACUAAUAAUAGAAAAUCAAUACGAACUACUGGGCAUUUUAGUAACAUUUAACCUUUUAUUCUGAGAAACGCGAUGUGAUGGUUGUGUAACUUCCGAUCGCAUUGUGUUCACACUGUCUUCCGGUGAACUAUUAAAAUUAUUAUUGGUCUGGAAUAAUAUCCGUCAAGGACGACAUAGAGAGAAAAAUGUUCCCCGAAGACGAUAUGUCUGAUAAUUCAGCCACCAUGACAUUAAUGGAUGAGAAGGAUCAGAAUGGUUUUACCCCUCACCCAGAACCUGAGGGUGAUAUUACAGUAGAGGACGAAGUUCACGUCACUGAUGAUGCCCUAAUCUAUGGUGUUACUGACAACCCUCCAAUACAUCUCACUAUACUAUUUGCCUUCCAGCAAGCACUCCUCUCUCUUGCAAAUCAGUUAGCAUUGUCUAUAAUGGUAGCCGAAGCUGUUUGUGGAGAAACAAAUGGCAUGUUUAAAACGAGGCUGCUCAGUACCACUCUUUUUAUGGAUGGUAUUACCACACUGAUGAUGAUUUUGUUUGGAGUGAGGUUACCAUUGUUCCAAGGUGCAGCUUUUGAGUACACAGUACCGUUACUUGCGCUUCAGACACUUGAUCCUGAACGAUGCGACCCACAAAUUAUAACGGAGAGCUCUUUUUACAAUUCAACAUUAAACAUAUCAAUAUUAGUUAAUAGAACAACAAGUGCAGAUGAUAUUUUAUAUGGACAAGUUCAAAAGUUAGAAGGCAGCUUAAUGUUAGCAGGUUUCUUACAUUUCCUGAUCGGAGCAACAGGAUUGGUUGGAGUAUUAUUGAGAUUCAUAGGACCCGUUACCAUUGUGCCCACUAUAUUAUUGAUAGGACUGUACAUGACAAGGACGGCUGUCAAAUUCAUAUCAUAUCAUUGGGGUAUAGGUCUUAUGACUGCAGCAAUUUCUAUUAUUUUAUCUUUGUACCUGGGAAAAUAUCUUCUGCCAAUUCCAGUGUGGACAAGAAAACGUGGAUGUCAUACUAUAAGAUAUCCAUUACAUCAAGUAUUUUCUAUAUUAAUAGCUAUUAUGGUGGGUUGGGGAGUAAGUGGUAUAUGUACAGCUGCUGGAGUUUUAUCCCACGAAAAAGCCAGAACUGAUGUUGGAAUAGAUAUUGUAAACAAUGCCAGCUGGUUCUAUGUACCGCAUCCAACUCAGUUUGGUCCACCUAGUUUUGAUGUCAGCAUUUUUGUUGGAUUUUUUAUUGCUACAAUUAUCUCUGUGUUAGACUCUAUAGGGGAUUACUAUGCCUGUGCUAAAACCUGUCACGUGCCUCCACCACCAUCACAUGCGGUCAAUAGAGGUAUUGCAAUUGAAGGGUUGUGUACAACUCUUUCUGGUAUAAUGGGGGCAGGGCAUGCAACAUCGACAUAUGGUGGAAAUAUUGGUGCUAUCGGUAUAACAAAGGUUGGCAGUCGACUAGUAUUUUUAGUGUUAGCUAUAAUCUAUAUAGCCUUUGGACUGAUAGGAAAGUUUUCUGCCGUUUUUAUAACUAUACCUCAUCCAGUACUUGGUGGUGCUCUAAUUACCAUGUUUGGUAUGUUCAUUGGAGUUGUCCUGUCUAACCUGCGGUAUGUGUGUCUAUCAUCCACAAGGAACAUAGCAAUUAUUGGUACAUCCAUCCUCAUUGGUCUCAUGGUUCCUUAUUGGGCGGAACUUCAAGGAAAAGAUCUCGUUUUAACAGGAAAUUUCCGCGUAGAUAAUAUUUUAAAGACUCUUUUGGGCAAUGCAAAUCUCUCUGGUGCUUUACUAGCCUGUUUCCUUGACAACACCAUUCCAGGCACUUUAGAUGAACGAGGCAUCACCUCAUGGCAGAACAUUCCAUCAAAAACACCAGAGUCAGAAAAUCUUGUGACAGACGAUUUUAAGGAAGGGAUAGAGGUAUAUGAACCACUUUUCCCACAGAAAUGGAGAAACAGCAAAAUUUUAAAAUACAUUCCAUUUUUACCAGAUCCUAAGACGAAGCCAGUUCUGGAAACUGUUUCAAGCGUUAAUUACGAGGAAAACACCCGAGUGUGAUGUACUAUUUAUCAUUGUUGAGACUCUAGAUAUAAUGAUAGUGUUGUGAAUGUUGAGGAUGUGUGGAUGUAUGAGUGCUUUUCAUGGAGUAUGUUAGUACUAUUUAAUAUUUGUUUGUGUCUUUUUUAACGUAUAUCAAUGCAUUUUAGAUUACAAUAUGUUUGACGAAAUUUAGUUAAAGUAGUCAUAAGCAGUUCAAGUUUUUUUCAGAAAAGCUGUUAUUUAUAAUAAUGGUCAUAAUAAGUGUUAUUGAGGGAGGAGAAAUUGUUUGGUCGAUUUCUGCAAAACAAUGGAUAUUUUACGAACAUUCUCUACGCACCUCUACCCUUGGAACCCCAACAAGAAUCCUACUAAAAUAUACUCCAAAUAGAAGCUGGUAUGGCUAAACUUUAAGUGCUUUUAAUUAAUAUCACCUUUUUAACAUUGUAUUAGGCGCUGUAAUUUCUUAUAUGUUUUCCUCAAGCAAAAUUAAAUAAAAAACAUUAAAUCUAGAAAAGCACUUUUAUUUGAGUUAUAUUGGUAUCUUUUACAACUAUCUCGUAUGAAGUUUUGAUGCGUCAAACACCAGAUAACCCCGGCGUUAGUAGUAUUUACAUGUCCAGGUACAGUCGUACAGGAGCAGGAAACAUUAAUUCAUACCAACAAGGCGUUGAAAAUAGUGUUUCAUAGAUCAUGAGAUGUUUUUUUUUCAAAAUUUGUCUCUUAUUUAUGUGCUGCAUAUAAUUUUUGUUCAUUGGAAUCAUUUGAAAUUUCCCUAACAAAAGUUUAUAAUAAUGAUCUAUAACUUUAAAACCUUAGAUUAAAGGUAAAAUAACGUGGAAAAACUGUUGUUAGAAAUAACAGUUAUUAUGUACUUUUGUUUUCAACAGUUUAAUUUUAGAAAUGUUUGUCAUGUUUUCUUACUGUAAUAACUAUUUUAGUCCAACCAUGUAUUCAAGAUAAAUAGCAGUGCAGUGUUAAAUCGGUGAUUUUUCAGUUGAAAGGACAUUUAAAUAACAAAUGACACUCGACGAGUUAUUAUCAAUUUUCAUUUAAACUUUAAACUGAUAUAAACCACUUUGUCUGGCUAAGUUAUAUCUAUUGUAGUCUUUUGAAUGGUAUUUAUUUCAUGUAUUAUGUCAGCAAUUCAAAAUUGUAACCAGGAUUCCUAAAUUUGUAUAAACAAACUUCAGGCACAGUAACAAUUAAGUGUAGUAUUAGGUAAGGAUUGUAUGCUUGGAUUUCUUUUAAACAGCUGUACUCAUGUGUAUAUUGAUAUGUACCGUACUCAUGUGUCUUAUGAGUUUCUGUUGACAGAUACACUCAACUAUUUUUCAAAAUACUAAGGAUUUUCUACACAAGGAAUAGAUUGUCUUGUGUAUAUUUUUUGCAAAAUUUUUACGACUUUUAGGUCCUUAAUCCUAUCCAACUUAAUAUUUUAUUUGUCCUUUUACUCGUUGAUUCGCGCGUCAUUAUUGGGUCUUUUGUAGAUCAAACCCACGACAGGUGUAUGCAAUAUAUACCCUGGUAUCUUUGAUGAAAUCAUUUUUAAAAGUAUUAAGCUUAGUGUCUGUCUCAUUUACUCUUAUGUUUCACCUGGUGGAUGCUCUAACAACGGAGUCUGGUUUACCCAGGGUUUCCGUGUGAUUAACAGGUGUCGCAUUUCGUACAGGAUAUAACAUUAUUCAAAAUAUGUGGGACCAUGAAAGUAUUAUAUUGACGAUAAUGCUUCAAUAUUUGGGCAUAAUUAGAAGCAAAUAUCAUCCAAAACAGUUUGUUAUUCUACAAUUCAAAAACAUUGAUAAGUUAAAUAUGUAUAGUUAUGAUAUGUGAGAUAUUUAUAAACAUAGACAAACAUUAUUAUUAUAAAACAUUGAUCGUUUACAAAUCUACAUUCAUUUUAUACAAUAUUUAUGCAGUAACAAAAAUGCAUGUGCCCAAUGAUUGUUUUGGAGUAUAGACAUAUACUGAACUUCUUUUAUCCAACAGCAAAACACAUGCUAAAAUAAUGGGUCAUUUCAGCUGAUGGUUAUGGUUCAUUCAUCCCUGUCCACUCAUCUUUCAACAAUUAAACAGAUUCAUUUUUAAUUUGAUCUAGUCCUGAAUGUGCGUGCAUACACUAUUUGCCUCUUGAUAUUAUAAAACAAACAACUACAUAUGUUUAAUGGUAGAUAUUGGAUUGUUCCUGUUGAAUUAUUCACA